GUAUAAGAAUCGUCACAUAUAAAAUAGAACCAUGCAUAACAAAUUUAAGUAUAAGUGGUAAAGUGAAGGGCUCAGAAUUUUCUACCGUAUCUAUCAGCAGCAACCAAUGCCCCGCAGAUGUGGAAAGUGACAACGUUGCCAGAUGACUGCAACUACCGGUAGGGCUGGGAAAUAAUGUCUAUGAACCAGCUGUCUGAGUGACUCAUUCCAUUGAAUUUUUCCGUUGUACAUAUGUUUCUGCUACGUGCCUUGAUAGCAGCAGCAAUUACUACAAUUUUGUAUCAUAUCCCAGUAAGGGAUUUGAGGCAACUGCUUAAAUUUACUACUGGAAUUAUAGAUGGAGCUGCAGUGAUUUCAAACUUGGAUUCUACUUACGAAAGCCAUGACAAAUUUCCACCUAAAAAGACACCUGAACACUUCGAUUUCGUGAUAGUCGGUGCCAGCCCCAGCGGUUCCGUGUUAGCCAAUCGCCUAUCAGAGAUAAAUGGAUGGAAAAUACUUCUUCUCGAAGCUGGAGGUGACCCUACUGGCUUGGCAGAAGUUCCACUUGUUGUUGCCACACUUUAUCCGACAACUUAUAAUUGGGGAACUCAUGCUGAACCGCAACCAGGUUUUUGCUCGGGCUGUCUGGACAAAGGCGCGAGAUAUGGCCACGGAAAAGGCUUAGGAGGAGGCUCUAUCAUCAAUUUUAUGAUAUUUGUCAGAGGCAAUGAGGGGGAUUAUAAUAAAUGGGAAGAAAUGGGUAAUCCUGGUUGGGGUUACAGAGAUCUGCUGCCUUACUUUCGAAAACUAGAAGACGCAUCCAACGUGACAUUGAAAGAUUCUGAAUAUCGCGGAAGAGGAGGACCGCUUGGUGUUAGCGAUGUUCCAUUUAGAACCAAACUGACAGAUGUUUACAUAAAUGCUGCACAACAAGCUGGGUUCUCAUACGUAGACUACAAUGGCAAACAGCAAAUAGGGGUAUCACAUAUGCAAACAACCCUACGAAACGGAAUGAGAUCGAAUGCAGAAAACUCUUACCUUCGUCCAAUUCGACAGAGAACGAAUUUGAAGAUACGAACAGGUGCUUAUGUAACAAAAAUACUGAUAAGACCUGACACGAAAGAAGCAUAUGGAGUGGAGUACAAGAAAAGUGGUAAAAUGUACACGGUAGUAGCCAAAAAAGAAGUAAUUCUCUCUGCUGGAGGCUUGAAUUCUCCUAAGAUACUAAUGCUGUCUGGUGUUGGUCCAAAGAGCCACCUUGAGGAAAUUGGCAUACCAGUCAUCGAACCUUUACCAGUUGGUGAAAUAAUGUAUGAUCACGUCGUAUUCCCUGGAGCAGCGUUUCUCAUAAAUGAGCAUAUCGGUUUGGAAUAUCUACAGUAUAUUCAGGACCCUAAGACAUACUGGGAUUUUCUAGUUCAUCAUAAAGGACCAAUUACUUCUAAUGUUGUAGAAUCAGUGGCAUAUUUUAACACAAACUUAACGGGUAUAGAAACAACAAGGCCAGAUAUAGAAUUACUGUUUUUGCCAUCUUCACUAGCUGUAGACUUUGGAAUAUUUUUCAAACAACUGUUGAAUAUUGGUGAUCAAGCGUUUGAGACUCAUUUCAAACCUUUAUUCGGCAAACCAGCUUUUACGUCACUGAUAUUAUUACUCCAUCCUAUCUCAAAAGGCUACAUAAAACUGAAUUCGUCCAAUCCUUUUGAAGAAGCGAAGUAUACCCUAAAUUACUUCACUGAUCCAGACAAUCUGGAUAUUAAGAGAAUAAUCCUUGCGAUCAGAGUAAUGCAGAAAAUAGCCAGUCAACCUGCACUGCAGGAAUUUGGAGCUAAGAUCGCAGAAAUUCCAUUUCUCGGUUGCGAAAAUACAGCUUUCGACUCUGAUGAGUACUGGGAAUGUGCAAUCCGAUCCAUACCAUCAUCCAUGUGGCACCAGCAAUCUGCCUGCAAAAUGGGACCAGAGACAGACAAAGAGGCAGUCGUGGAUUCAAGACUCAGGGUGCAUGGGAUCAAAAACCUGAGAGUCGUCGAUACCAGUAUAUUUCCUACUACGGUAGCAGCACAUACUGUUGGUCCAGCUUACAUGGUUGGAGAAAAAGCUGCUGAUAUUAUCAAAGGAUAUUGGAAAACACCAUCAAAUUCAAAGUAGAUAGUCACAAUUUUGUUUUAUUAUCUGGGCAUUGAUUCACCUUAGCCGAUCCUAUUCCAGCUACUAUCCAUGUUCUGCUGUCCGCGAAACGAAACCACUGAUGUUGAAAUGAGAGCAUACUGACGUUUCGGCCAUCUCGGUGGUCUUUUUCAAAAAUUUAAUUCAAGAGUCAAUCUACUUGACGCCGAUAAGCCUCAUUAAAGCUACUGUCUCAGAUUGAUUUGAUCGAACACUGUAAGUACUCUCAAUCAGUGAUGCUGUUGAUUUCAGAAAACAAUUUCAAGUCAUCGGCAAACAUUAAUGUUUCAUAAUGAACAUCGUUAAUAAAGAGAAAAAUAAGCAAUGGUCCGAAAUUCGAACCCUGUGAUACCCCUGAAGACGCUGUUUAGCAAAAAUGCUCGAAACCGUUGUAUGAUGUGAAUAGAUGACGAUUAUGUAAAUAGGACUCUAAUAAAGAUAUCGAGUUGACAGUGAAACGAAGCAAGUUCAAUUUAGCAAGAAGUAUUCCGAGAUCAACUUGAUUAAAUGCCUUUGAGAAAUCCGUCUACUCUACAUCCAACUGGCCCUGGCGAUCCAAGAUAUUUUAUGCUAUAUGAGUGACAAACAAAAGUUAGUGACAGUUGAUCUACCAUGUUGAUAUUCAGGUAUACGAGGUGUUUAAAUUAGGUAAUGAGACCGUUUCAAUCUUUUCGACUGUCCAGAAAUGAACUCCUUUUAGGUGAUCUUUCAACUUCGAGCGGAGAAAAAAGUCACAAGAACUCAAGUCAGG